AUGAGAAAAAUCUGCACGUCGGCACUGGCUGUUAUUUUUUUGUCUUCCUGCCAUCAAUCUCCUUCUUAUGAUACCAUCAUCCGCAACGGACUUAUUUAUGACGGAAAUGGUGGCGAACCCUACAAGGCAGAUAUUGGCAUCAAUGCAGAUACCAUUGCAUUUAUUGGUAAUCUGCAGCCUGCAAAAGCAAAAAAUGAAACGGAUGCGCAUGGAAUGGCCGUAGCCCCCGGCUUUAUUAAUAUGCUGAGCUGGGCCAACGAGACACUGAUAGAGGACGGUCAUUCGCAGAGUGAUAUCCGCCAGGGCAUUACCCUGGAAGUAUUUGGGGAAGGAGAAAGUAUGGGGCCGCUCAAUAACCGGAUGAAAGAUCAGCUGCAAAAAGGACAAGGCGAUAUAAAAUACAAGGUAAGCUGGACCAGCCUGGGCGAAUACUUACAUUUCCUGGAAACAAAGGGCGUUAGCUGCAAUGUUGCUUCUUAUGUGGGUGCUACCACUAUCCGCAAUUAUGUAAUUGGAGAAGACGAUAAAGCUCCCACACCUGCUCAGCUGGACAGCAUGUGCUUACUCGUUAGACAGGCUAUGGAAGAAGGCGCACUGGGAGUAGGCUCAUCCCUUAUUUAUCCGCCGGCUUUUUUUGCCAAAACAGACGAGCUGAUAGCCAUGAGUUCAGCAGCCGGCCAAUACGGCGGCGGCUAUAUUUCGCACAUGCGCAGCGAAGGUAAUCAACUCUUGGAAGCGGUAGAAGAACUGAUUAUUAUUGCGCAAAAAGCAAAAGUACACGGGGAGAUUUAUCAUUUAAAAGCAGCAGGUAAGGAUAACUGGUAUAAAAUGGACAGCGUUAUCCGCCGGAUUGAACGGGCCAGGAAGGACGGUGUUGAUAUUGGCGCCAAUAUGUAUACUUACCUGGCGGGCGGCACUGGUCUUACGGCUUCCAUGCCGCCGGCUUUGCAGGAUGGUGGUUUUGGCAAACUGCGCGAACGCUUGCAGGAUCCUGCUUUGCAUGCGCAAAUCAUCAGGGAUAUGAAAACUUCAUCCAACAAAUGGGAAAAUCUAUACUACGCAGCCGGUUCAGCAGAAAAGCUGUUGCUGGUGGGCUUUAAUAAAGACAGUUUAAAAAAAUACACCGGCAAAUCUUUGGCAGCCAUCGCCGCCCUCAGGGGUAAAUCGCCGGAAGAAACGGCCAUUGAUUUAAUUGUGCAGGACAGCAGCCGCAUCAGCACCAUUUAUUUUCUGAUGGAUGAGGAGAAUAUAAAAAAACAAAUCGCUCUUCCAUGGAUGAGUUUUGGAUCUGAUGAAGGUUCCUAUACAACGGCAGGCGUAUUUCUUCAGUCAAACGCUCACCCCCGGGCGUAUGGAAAUUUUGCAAGAGUAUUGGGCAAGUAUGCAAGAGAUGAAAAAGUAAUCACCCUCGCCGAUGCCAUCCGGAAAUUGAGUAAACUAUCAGCCGAAAAAAUGCAUAUCAAAAAACGUGGUGAACUAAAGAGUGGUUAUUUUGCAGACAUCGUUAUUUUUGAUCCGCAAAAAGUAAAAGACAAGGCCAGUUUUGAAAAACCGCAUCAGUAUGCAGAAGGUAUGAUGGCUGUUUUUGUAAAUGGUGUACAGGUAUUGAAAAACGGUGAGCACAGCGGUGCAACACCGGGCAGAUUUAUUAAGGGACCCGGUUGGAAAAUGAAUUAA